GAAUUCGCCGGUUUGGGUUUGACUUUGACAUUUGAGAUAAGGCUUAUUUUGUUGAUGUGCAGUUUUAAUAUUUAUUCUUUGGUAUUAUUAAUAUUUAUAAAGGACUAAUAAUUGGGAAAAAAUAUCCAAAUUAAUAUACGUAAAUCUUCUUGAUGUUUAUUCAAAAUUUAUAAAAUUUGGUAGCAACUGAUUACUGAUUCUUAAAUCAUAUGGUAUAGCAUCUCACAGAUGAGAAACAUGCUGAAUAAAACAAGCUAGUUUUUAUUUCAACAUUUGUCGGGUAAGUAAGCAAAAAUGGAGGAGGAACUUAAGAAGCUAAAGUCUAUUCUCCGCUCUCUUGUUGUUUCAAGCCCGGUAACGGUGAAUAUGACCUCUUUGCUGAAAGACUACCGGGAGAUGGUUGGCUCCCCACUGCCUUUGACCAAAUUUGGCUAUAGAGACCCCCUUCAGUUUUUACAAGAGCGAUGCAGCGAUUGUUUUAUAUUUCUAGGGCCUCCCAAAAAUCCAGAAUUAAUGUUAAUAGUUCCAGACUCGUUGAAACAUAUUGAUAAGUUUGUACAAAAGCAAAGGACAUCACCAUUUGUAAAAUUUAGGGGUAAGAGAAGAAGUGUGUUAGAAUCGAAUUUAAAACCAAAUAAUGUAGAAACAAAGAAAGAAGAACAACAAACAACUAAAAGCAGAUUAGUAGAAGAGGAAAGAAUGCCAGAAAUACAGGAAAUGAAAAAGCCAGAAAAUGAACCAAAAGCCAAAACCAAUGGAUAUCAUUCCCCUGAAGUGGAACGCAAGUUGAUUAAGGAUCUGCCGGCAUUUCAAAGCAAUCAGAAUUCUUUACAUGAAGUGGAGUCCAGCAGAUCACAGGAUCAUCAUAGCUCUGGACGGCUGACAUCAUCUAGUGGUAGAAGUUUGAAGGAAGCGUUAGAAGAAUUAAAAGAAGAGCUGAAAACUCUUAUCUGUGAACAACCAGAGCCAGUUUGGUGUAGUGACUUGUUGGACAUGUAUAAGGAGCGUUACGGGCGCGAACUGAACUUCUCGCGGUUCGGGUUCACGAGCGUGGCGGGCGUGGUGUGCCAGCUGAGCGACGUGCGCGCGGCGCAGGCGGGCGACGGCGACUGGCGCGCGUGGGCCGCCGCCGCGCCCGCGCCGCGCCCCGUCCCGCGCCCGCCGCGCCGCCUGCCCCCGCCCGCUGCGCCCGCGCCGACGGACGACGCGCUGCCCGGUGUCGCUUAUGAGCCGGACGUGUUCCCCGCGGACUGCAUGCAGCUGGGCGAGGCGCUGGGCGCGGCGCCGCUGGGCGACGUGCGCGCGGGCGACCUGCUGGAGGUGAUGCUGGGCGAGGUGUACUCCCCCUCGCACUUCUGGAUGAUGCGCCUGGGCGACGACUUCAACAUCGCGCUCGACGCCGUCAUGGACGAGAUGACCGAGUACUACUCCCGCGGCGAGGGCGCAGGGCGGCGGCUGGCCGUGGGCGCCGUGCGCGAGGGCCACUGCGUCGCGUCCUGCUACGACGGCGACUGGCACCGCUCCGUCAUCGUGCGCAUCAUGGAUAGUGAUACUGUCAAGGUGCGGCACGUGGACUACGGCACGGUGGAGGCGUGCGCCGUGUCGGGGCUGCGGCCGCUGCUGCGGCGCUGGGGGGCUCUGGGGGCGCAGGCGCUGCGGGCCCGCCUGGCCGGCGCCGCGCCCGCGCACAGCCGCGUGUGGCCGCGCCCCGCCGCCGCCGCCUUCCUCGCCGCCGUGCGCGAGCGCCGCCUGGUGGCGCACGUGCUCAACGCGCCACAGGAGGACGGGAUCCUCGAAGUACUUCUAAUCGACACAUCAACGGAGGAGGACGUGUGUAUCCAUUCGGAGCUAAUCCGCGCGGGCCACGCCGUGCUCUGCACCGCGACCCCCUCCGUAAGUCGCUCCGACCCCUCCGACCCCUCUAAGCCCGGCAACAUCUCGAACCUCGACAACAGCCGCGGCUCAGACGACACGUGCUCUGAUAUAUCGGCCUCCGCCUCAGAAGUGACCGGUCCCCGCCGCAUACCAACUUGGGAAUGUGACGAUAAAGACAAUAACAACAUCAAGAGUGCGCGACUCUCAAAGAUCAAGGCGAUUAACGAUAGAUUAGCUAAAACUAAACUAACAAAGAUUAGUGAAGUCGAGAGCAGUGUAACGUGUAAAGCGCUGCAGAAGCGUCUCGAGUUGGCAAACAAAUUCCAUUAUGAGAGAGAGUACAUCGCCUUUUUCCCCGUGAAGUCGCUAGAUGGUGCUAGUUUUAAGCCCGUCACGUGGUACCGCCGCCAGCGCCGCAAGUGGUGGGGACAAAACUCACCACAGUCCCAGCAAGCCACCAGAAAUAUCCUCAUUGUUGCGUCGUUUUUCAAACCUAUAAAUCUGCAACCACGAGCGUGGCAUCGCGACCAUAGGUCUAUAGCGCAGGCCAAGGGCCUAACGAAUCGUGUCGAGCGUCUUAUCAGCGCGCUUUCUACGUGUUCCGAGCUGAGUUCUACUUGUUCGGGGUCCAGCGACGACGAGGAGCCGCAGAGUGUAUGGAGCCGCCAGCGCGCGCUCAGCCGCUCGUGUGCAGACGUCCGUAGUCCAGAUAAGGUCUUCCUGGUGUUAUUUUUGCACCACUGCUACCGUAUCAUUUAUGAGACGAACAAUGAGGAUAUUUCUGGUGGCUUGCUGGGACUGUGUUCAAUUGAGUAUUUUCUAAAGUAUAUAUGUAUAAAAUUAACGAGUCGGAUCGGUUUACAGAAGUCGGAGAGUUACCUGUACCCGACGUUCCACGCGCUGGAGAACGGGCUCACGCCGAACUACGCCGAGAUCCACGCGUACAUCCGCGACGGCGUCAUACUGGACUUCGUGGAGGAGUACCGGCGCCACGUGCCCGCCGCGCUGCCCUCCCCCUCCCCCUUGCCCUCGCCCUCCACCUCGCCCCGCACCUCCCCGUGCCCCACCCCCUCGCCGCCCCCCUCGCCCCUCCCCUCCCCCACCCGCUCCCCCUCCCCGCCCGCGUCCCCCCCGCACGUGCAGUCCGCCCCGCUGCUGCCCUCCAUGCCGGCGGCGCCGACCCCGCGCCUGCCGCGCUCCGCCCACCACCUCAACUGCAUUCCCCCACAAGUCAACAAGAGCGAAGCGAACACGAACCGGCAUAACAUGCGAACACGGGCGCACAGGCCACAGCGGACGACGUUCCCGCCCGCGCCUCCGAUGCCGUUGCCGCCGGUGUUCGUGGGCCCGUUCCCGCCCAUGUACCCCGCGUUCCCCGCGCCCUUCCCCUUCCCCUACCCCUACCCGGCGCCGUUCCCGUGCGAGCGCGCGCCCUACGCGCCGCACACGCCCGCGCCGAGCGGGGCCGGGGGCUCGGGCGGGGCGGUGAGUAUCCCGGCGUCGGAGUGCGAGAUCUUCGCGACGCUGAGCCGCGUGGACCCGGCGGCGGCGCAGCGCUACAUGCUGGACGCGAUCGGCCGCGCCAUGGCCGCCGGCGCCGGCACGACGGCGAGCGGCGUGCGCCCGCGCAGCUCCACGCUCAACCCGGACGCGCCGGAGUACCGCUCGGUGGCCGCGGGGGAGUGCGUCCGCCCGCCGCCCGGCUUCGAGAAGAAAUGACUAGUCCUGUGCAGUGUGCGUAUACUUGUAUACGAGUACGUUUGUACGUUAUUUUUUGAUAAACUUUUUGCGUGUAGCAGGUAUCAGUUUUGCGCAUAUCUGGCCCUGUAUUAUUCUUUAAAAAAAUAAAUUUGAUCGAAUGUCGAAUUUCGAGACAUACCUAUAUGGCCAAAUAAAUAUAUGUUGCUGGAAUUAAUACGGGUGUGUCCUAAGGGUUUGUCGAUUUCGAUGAUAAAGAUUGAGUGACAUAUUAAACAUUGAACUAACGCAAAUAAAUAUUAUUUCCGAUUCUUAUUAUUUUUUAUGACAUAAAAAUAUCUCGAUUCGAACCGACUUCGAUGAGUAGGUACGAGCGAUAUAGUACUGUUGUAAACUUAGUUUCGUUAACGCAAUAAAUGAAAGCGACAGGCAGUUAGUGAUUUUUGUGAUUUAUAUUUGAAUUUUCUAUUUUAGUUUUAAGUGUUACAUUUAUUUUAUAUUUAGUCUUUAAGAAAACUGAAUUUGAUAUUUCUGUUUUUGCAUUUUUCUUUUUGUAGUUAUAACAUACUUUUAUAAUGGUACAUUUAUUAUAGUUUAUUGCAUAUGCGAGUAUUACACUUACAGUAGUACUUGAAAAUUUAUUUGAAACUAAUUCAAAUAAAAUAUAUCUAUUUUUGUUGACAUAUUAUAUAUCUGUAUGACUUGACUUUUUCGAUCGGUUCCUUACGUAACCAAAUGUUGACUCCAAUAAUACAUUAUUUUAUAAUAAUAGGUCUCACCCACCGUGCUUUUAUUAAUAAGUUCCUCAUAUUCUAAUAUCGUAGCUGUAGCGUUAUUUUGACCUGUUUUAAAUGCUUGCAAUACAUAAAAUGUUUGUAAAGUAAACGUGUACAGUAAGGAGUUAGUACAAUAAGGAAAAUAUGUUAAGACUCUGUGAUAUAAGCUGUCUUAGAAUGUUGUUACAACAAUAGCUAUUUGCUACAUCCAUACUUUAAAUAAUAAAAUGUGAAAAAUCUUA